AGAAUCGGAUGCUACGACUCCGUCAAACAAUUGCCAUUGUGCCUAUUUGAUAAACCCCUAGGGUUUAGUCUUCACUUUCAUUUUUUCUCCUAACAGAAACAGAAGAAAUCGAAAAUGAGCAGCUUAUUUCUACUGAGGAAAUCUUCCUCAUCCAAAAGGCUUGCUCUCUCUGCGUUCAACAGUCUAUUCUCUGAGAAUUUGAUUCCCAGAAAUUCCCUUAUUUCUCCCAAAAUUCAAAAUUAUGUCACCAGUUCCAGAGAAAAUGCACCAGUGCCUUCAUCUGCACCGUUGCGUUCAGCUACAAGAUGUUUUCACGCCGGCCGGGCCUUACGGGCUGAGUAUGCAGUGGCUGAUUUCUCUGAUGCGGAUGAUAGGAGAGCGUCCAGUGGGGUUGAGGACGAUGGGCUCGAAAUCGCGAAGCUUGGGAUUUCGCAAGAGAUUGUCUCUACUUUGGCCAGUAAGGGUAUCACUAAACUCUUCCCCAUUCAGAGAGCUGUUCUAGAACCAGCAAUGCAGGGGCGCGACAUGAUAGGUCGAGCAAGAACUGGAACUGGAAAAACAUUAGCUUUCGGUAUUCCAAUAAUGGAUAAGAUCAUUCAAUACAACGAGAAGCACGGACGAGGAAGGAAUCCUUUGGCCUUAAUCUUGGCACCAACUAGAGAACUUGCACGUCAAGUGGAUAAAGAAUUCUAUGAAUCUGCUCCUGGCUUAGAUACUCUAUGUGUUUAUGGGGGUGUGCCCAUUAUGCGCCAAAUGAGUGCUCUUGACCAAGGCGUUGAUAUUAUUGUUGGCACCCCUGGACGAGUUAUUGAUUUGAUCAAGAGGGGUGCUUUGAAUUUAUCAGAAGUGAAGUUUACCGUUCUAGAUGAAGCUGAUCAAAUGCUUAAUGUGGGAUUUGCUGACGACGUUGAGACUAUCUUGGGAUACAUGACUCAGAAGCAUCAGACCAUGAUGUUUUCAGCUACCAUGCCUAAAUGGAUAUUAAAGCUUACGCAAAAAUUCCUAAAGAAUCCGGUUACUGUUGAUCUUGUGGGAGAUUCUGAUCAGAAAUUAGCUGAAGGGAUUUCCUUGUAUGCAAUUGCAGCAGAUAUGCGUGAGAAACCAGCAAUUAUUGGAUCUCUAAUAACUGAGCAUGGAAAAGGAGGUAAAUGUAUUGUUUUUACCCAAACAAAGCGUGAUGCUGAUGUUUUAGCGUAUGCCAUGCAAAGAAACUUCAAAUGUGAAGCCUUGCAUGGAGAUAUCUCACAAAACCAAAGGGAAAGAACUCUGUCUGGUUUCCGAGAUGGGCGUUUCAAUAUUUUAGUGGCUACCGAUGUAGCUGCUCGUGGCCUUGACGUACCAAAUGUCGAUCUGGUGGUACAUUACGAACUUCCAAACUCUUCAGAGCUUUUUGUGCAUCGAUCUGGACGAACUGGCCGUGCUGGGAAAAAAGGUAGUGCAAUUCUCAUCUAUUCAUCCCAUCAGUACAGGGACGUCAAGGCUAUAGAACGUGAAGUUGGAACCCGGUUUGUUGAGCUCCCGAGGAUUGCUGUUGAAGAGGGAGCUAUGGACAUGUACCGUGACAUGGAACGUGGUAGGAGUGGUUUUGGUUCUAAUAAAAACACAGGAGGUGGUCGGUUUGGUGAUUUAGGAUUUGGCCGUUCUGGUGGCUCUGGUAAUUUUAGGGGUGGUCAUUUUGGUGGACCUGGUUCUGGUCGAUCAGGUGGUGGAUUUGGUGGACCAAGUUCAAGUCGCACAGGCAAUUUUGGUGGUUUUGGGUCUGGCCGUUCAGGAGGGUUUGGAGACCGGGGUGGUUCAGAUCGGAACAGUGGCUUUGGAAACCUUGGUGGUCCAAGUCGCUCAAGUGGUUUCGGGGAUUUUGGUUCAGGUCGUUCCAGUGGAUUUGGUGAUUUAAAUUCUAAAAACAAUACCAGGUCAAGUCGCUUUGGUGAUGACAAUGAUGAUGGUGACCGUAAUACAGGGAGGAGAUUCUUCUGAAACCAUUUGAGGAUAAUUUGAAAAAUCACAGUAGCAGAUGUGAAGAUUAGGAAAGGCGGUUAUCAAGGGCGAACAUUGACACAUUUGGCAAACAGCUUCUGGUUACGAAGAGUUAGCUAGGACGGACAAUGCUAUAAUAUAUAUAUUUUUGUUUGAAGAAAAGAUGGGAAGUAAACCCAGUCGAUUUGAUCGUUACUGUGCUAAUGAAGUUCCUGUGUGUAAUCUAAUGUUAUCUGCUAUUUGUUCAUAUUUGUUGGUUCUAAGCAUAGAGUGAAUUCGAGAAACAGACUAAAUUCCUUCAGAAUAUUAGCGUGGGAGAUGAUGAUUGGUGUUCUUUUUCUUCCACACACUAAUGUACUGCAACUAAUAUGAGCUUAGGGGUUUACUUAAAUAAGUCGAUUUACUGAUCUUUAUAUUGGCAUUAAAAUUCGAGAUA